UCACUCAUUAGAGCGUUCCCAGUAACAAGUCGUUGAAUGAAACGGCAAAUCAUUAUCCAAAUUCCAAAGCAAUGGCGGGGAUCGCCAAUUUCUACUGCAUUUCUUGGCGCCCAAAGCCGACCAACACUCUCCGGUUAUCUGGACCGUCUUCCUUCAAGUUCUCCGGUCGAGUUCUUGCAUGUGCAAAAACAGGUGUUAAGGAUAUAAUGCAUGCCACUAUCCUGAAGUUUUUUACUCAUGUUUCUGAAGUAAAAGUAUUGACUACAGAGAUGGUUGAUUUCCUAUCAACUAGAGGGGAAAGGAUUCGGUUGUGUUUUGCAGAUCUUUCCAGUAAAACUCCAAUGCCAAUUGAUAUAAGUCACAUACUGCCAAGCAGCCAGUAUGUGUGUUCAGGGCUUGCUGAUAUCCAGAUGAACAAGUUGGAUAAAACAUGUUAUACCGAUCAAGGGCUACCUAAUCACAACCAUGCCAUUGUGGAACUUCUAUAUGCUCAUCAGAAAAUGGUACCCACCAGUUUCCUAGCAGCAGCAUUUGUUGCAAAUAUUCUGAUGUUGGCCAUGCCUUUUGAAGCUUUAGCAGAAACAUGUGAGGCUGAUAACUCUGUCUUCAACAUGCCUCUACUGCUUUUUGUAGCCCUUGUAGGGGCCACUGUUGGAGGAUUGCUUGCUAGGCAGAGGAGAGGAGAACUGAAGCGAUUAAAUGACCAAUUGCGACAGAUAAAUUCAGCACUAAGGAGGCAAGCAAAGAUUGAGUCCUAUGCCCCUACCUUGAGUUAUGCUCCAAUCGGUAAUAGAAUACCGGAGAAUGAAAUAAUUGUUGAUUCAAGGAAGCAGGAAUUGAUUGCGCGCUUAAAAAUUGGAAAGAAUUUUCUAAGGCAUCAGGAUCCAGAGAGGGCAUUUGUGGAGUUUAAGGCGGCUCUUGAGCUUGCUCAGACUCUAAAAGAUCCCAUUGAGGAGAAGAAGGCUGCUCGAGGCUUAGGGGCAUCUCUGCAAAGGCAGAGAAAAUACCGUGAUGCUAUAAAAUACCACUCUAUGGUUCUAGCAAUAUCUGACCGAGUAGGGGAAGAUUCUGGCAACACUGAAGCUUAUGGAGCAAUUGCUGACUGCUAUACCGAACUUGGAGAUCUUGAGCAAGCAGGAAGAUUUUAUGAUAGAUACAUCUCAAGAUUAGAAACGGACUGAUCUCUGCCCUGUUUUUUGUGUUCUUUUUUUUUUGUCCUUUCUGAUGUUUCAUACUAGUAGAGCUUUUAAUCUUGGAUUUGUAGAUGGUAUUUGGGCCUUGCACUCAUGCAGAAUAGUCCUUUCCUGCGGUAUCUGGAUCAUCUAUUGGAAUCAAGUCGAGCAAAUCUGUUUCAAUAAAUAUUCUUGUGAAUUAUUGUAGGAAUCAAGUAAAUAACAUUAUUUUUCAAUGUUAAUUUGUUGUCAA